AUGCUCUUAGCUUCUGACGUCUUAGGCAUCAAUUGUUUGCGGAAUCAAACGUGUGCACUAUUUUAUAAUUAUUCAUCAACUUACAGAAUCGAUCAAAGUUCGAAUUCUAGCUUCCAUUUUCUCAGCUUAUCACAAGAACUAGAGCAAUCGACAUACGCAUCAACUGAAAGUUCAAUCAUGAUACCUUGUAAUUUCACUUGUCAAAACAAUAGUACAUGUUCAAGUCAAUGGAGCGGAGCCAAAUGCGAAAUUCCUAUUUGUUCACCUUCAUGUGAAAAUUUGGAAGUUUGCGUUUUGCCAGGUGUUUGUCAAUGCAAAUACGGCUGGUCAGGAAGUUACUAUCUGAGCGUAAAAACAGUGCUAUGGGCAUUCGACAAUACAUUAAAUGACACGAGUAGUCAAUUUAUGGGCACAGGUCGUUAUCCCCCAACUUAUGCGUCAGGUAUCGAUGGAUAUGGCUUAGCUUUGCCAUUGAAUGGCACUAGAAACCAAUGUGUAGUUGUCAACUCGUAUCUGAACAUGAGUUAUCUUAGCUUCACCUGGCAGUUUUGGAUUUUUCCAAGGAUAUCAAUGACGGGAGAUACUAUGUUCAUUGGCCAAUGUGCUCAGGCUAUUCGUGAUCGAUGUCUUAUAAUUAUGACUAGGACUUCCGUCAUGUGGUUUGCAUUUUGGGAUAAUGAUGUUAACGGUACAAAAAGCAUAUAUGCCAAUAAAUGGUCCCACAUGACCUUCAUUUACGAUUAUGCAGCAAAUCAGAAACUUAUUUAUCUCGACGGUGUUUUUGAAGACUUUCAGACUUCAAAGGGAGCUCUUGAAGCAAAUUCAACAUUCAUGACUUUUGGCUGCCGGACGACUAACGGAGGUAGUGCCUAUACAAAUUUCUUUAUCGGUUAUAUAGAUCAAGUGCUAUACAAUUCUCGAGUGAAAAAUGCCAGUGAAGUUCUCGAUGAUACUACAUUAGUAAUUCACUUUCGGUUUCUUUCAACUGCACCUUUGACUGACUCGGGACCUAACCAUAUCAAUGGAAGUUGGGAUGGUGGUGCUGUAUCAACUCCAUCACGCAUUGUUGAUCAAGCAAUAGAUUUGACUCUGAAUGGGUCCUAUUUUCUAGUCGCAGGGCUUGUUCUUCUAGGAACCAAUUAUAAGCCAUUUUCACCCUCGUUCUGGUUUCAAACAAUUCUAUUCAACGUGAAUACUGCCAUUACCCAUUCGUUGGUCUAA